UUUCAUUCAUUCAGACCCGAGGGACGGAAGCGGGCAGCAGUCUGGGCAGUGGGUCAGCGCCCCCGAUGCUGGGGGACCAUUAUCUGAUCUGGGACAAACUAAUAAAAGGGGGAGUCCCGCGGGCACUGGUGCCAGACGCUGCCGGAGGGUGGAACAUUCCGUGUGCCCUGUACCCACAGUGCCAACCCUGCCCCGGCACCUUCUGCCAAGAUGACUUCUCCAGUGAAGGUCUAUUACAGCCAAACCACACAGACAGACAGCCGCCCUCUGAUUGGCUCAAGCCUGAGGAGGAGGAGAGUGAUGACCAAGGAUGGGCGGAGCAACGUCCGUAUGGACCACAUCGCAGACAAAGGGUUCCUCUACCUCAAGGACUUGUGGACAACGUUCAUUGACAUGCAGUGGAGGUACAAGCUCCUCCUGUUCUCGGCAACCUUCGCCGGGACAUGGUUUGUGUUCGGGGUCAUUUGGUACUUGGUGGCUCUGGUGCACGGUGACCUCUUGGAAUUUAACGCCCCGGCCAACCACACCCCUUGUGUCAUGCAAGUGCACACACUUACUGGUGCUUUCCUCUUCUCCUUGGAAUCGCAGACCACUAUAGGCUACGGGUUCCGUUACAUCAGCGAGGAAUGUCCCUACGCCAUUGUCCUCCUCAUUACUCAGCUGGUCCUCACCACCAUCAUGGAGAUCUUCAUCACAGGGACAUUCUUGGCCAAAAUUGCCCGUCCCAAAAAGAGGGCAGAAACCAUCAAAUUCAGCCAGAAUGCCGUGGUAUCUCAGCACGAGGGCAAGCUGUGCCUAAUGAUCCGCGUGGCCAAUAUGAGGAAGAGCCUGCUGAUUGGCUGCCAGGUGACAGGGAAGCUUCUGCAGACCCACCUCACUAAGGAAGGUGAGAAUGUUCAUCUCAAUCAGAUCAAUGUGGACUUCCAGGUGGACACUUCCUCAGACAGCCCCUUCCUCAUCCUGCCGCUCACUUUCUACCACAUUGUCGAUGAGUCCAGCCCUCUGAAGGAAGUGGCCCUUCGCUCGGGAGAAGGGGACUUUGAACUGGUGGUGAUUCUCAGUGGCACGGUGGAAUCGACGAGCGCCACUUGCCAAGUGCGGACAUCCUACCUCCCCGAGGAGAUCUUGUGGGGUUACGAGUUCAGCCCGGUGAUAUCGGUCUCCUCCAACGGGAAAUACGUGGCCGACUUUAGCCUGUUUGACCAAGUUCUGAAGGUGUCCCCUCCGUGCUGCAUCCACGAGACAAUACGAUUUGGGGAUUCGGAGAAGCUCAAGCUGGAAGAGUCUUUUAAGGACAAACCUCAGAAAGAUGGAAGCCCCCUCAGUGUAAGGAUCAGCAAUGUCUGACCCCCAAGAUUAGCUAAUACCAUUAUCAUACUUUCCUCUACAGUAGGUACUGGGCACCCCGAUACUCUGUAACUCCUAGGAGAAGGUUAGCAAACCCAUCACUAGAUGUUUCAGAAGGUCACCGACCAUACUAAUUCGUACUGCAGAGGAAGGAUCUCUCCGACACUGGGCAUUGAUACCUCUAGAGGCUCUUAAUCUAGUGGAACUGAUGGACAUGACCAUGGGGACUAGGGGCGCUACAGCUGACAAGAAGAAUGUAUUGAUCCUUCAACUGAGGUCUGAACCUCACAGUAUCCCAUCACCCCCUAACUCUAACCCCUCUUUAGCCUGGGCUCCGACCAACACCAAUCAUUUUGCUUCUUUACUAGGCUCUUGGGUACCUUGUGACCUCUCCCAACCCCAAUGGCCUUCACCCAAAUGCCUGCCCGAUAACCAUGAAGAAUGUAGGUGGGGUGUCCUAGGCUUUCCAAGGUAGAACUUAGACUUGAAGCUCUGUUGAGUCCACCCACGAGUGCACCCCUUAUUCGUAGAACCCCUUACUCCCAAGCCUACAUGAGGUGCCUGCUGAUUGGAGCCAAGACAUAUGGAGCUGAUGGGCAGUCACUACAACCAACCCUUGAGGGCAUUUCUUCCUAACAUAAAGUACAUAGCACUGGAUCAUAGCUGAAUGCUGAUUGGCUGGGGAAUCAGUAUGUAACUUUAGUGAUUUGAAUGAUAUGUUUUGUACUAACGCUGCACCUUAAAUACCAGUAAUAUAUAUUAUAUAUACACA